ACUGUGAGAGGAGGAGGGGGACAAACAUGGCCGACGAGGCAGAGGAGGUAAACACAGCUGUUGAGCAUAGCGAGGAGGAACAACAGUCAGAUGAGCCCGAAGUUUCAGAACCCGCGACCGAGGGCGAGGCCGGGGACGGCGGCGAGCAGGCCGCGGUGGAGGAGCCCGCUCGGCCGGCGGCAGACAGCAGCUGGUCGGCUCCUUUGCUGUCUCUGGCUCGGAAGGCCACGGAGAGCAUUAGCAGCGGGGUGAGCUACGCGACUGCCCCGAGGAACAACCUACAGGGCUCUGCUGCUGUCUCACCCACAGAAAAGGAGCCCGAGAAGGAUUUUAACAGUACUUCAAAAAAGUUUCCAGUUGUGCCCCCCAAAGAUCACAUGGCAAUCGAAAGAUCCAACCUCCUCAGCAUGAUGAAACUGAGCAUCAAGGUGUUAAUCCAGUCCUCAAUGAGUCUGGGAAGGACUAUGGACUCUGAGUACCCUCCUCUGCAGCAGUUUUUUGUUGUGCUGGAGCAUUGCCUCAAACAUGGGUUGAAAGCCAAGAAAUCCUUCAUUGGUCAGAACAAGUCCAUAUGGGGUCCUCUGGAGUUGGUGGAGAAGCUGUGUCCAGAGUCCGCUAAUAUUGCCACAAGUGCCAGAGACCUACCCGGCAUUAAGACCGGUUUGGGAAGAGGAAGGGCUUGGUUACAUUUAGCGCUCAUGCAGAAGAAAGUAGCAGACUACAUGAAGGCUCUGCUGGACCGCAAGGAUCUCCUGAGUGAGUUUUAUGACUCUGGAGCAUUGAUGGUGGAGGAGGAGGGAUUAGUGAUGGGGGGGCUGCUUGUGGGCCUCAAUGUCAUUGACGCUAACCUCUGCAUUAAAGGAGAGGAUCUAGAUUCUCAGGUCGGAGUUAUUGAUUUCUCACUUUAUCUGAAAGACCCUGCAAACAGUGAGACUCCAAAAGAUGAUACCAAGAUGACAGCCAUACUGGAUCAGAAGCACUAUAUUGAGGAGUUAAAUCGACACCUAAGUGGAACUGUCACUGACCUUCAGGCUAAGAUGGACUCCCUGGAAAAGACCAACAGCAAGCUCGUAGAGGAGCUGACAGCAGCAACUGACCGAAUCAACUCACUGAGGGAAGAACAAGAGCAGCUGAGGAAGGAGAACGAGUCCAUCUUACAGUCCAGCCAGAAAAAGGAAGAGGCAGCCCUUCAGGACAGCCAGGUGGAGCUGGAGACGUAUAAGCAGACCCGACAAGGUCUGGACGAGAUGUACAACGUGGUGUGGAAGCAGUACAAAGAAGAAAAGCGCAUUCGCCAGGAGCUGGAGCGUGAGUUGGAGCUGCAGGUGGGCCUGAAGCAGGAGAUGGAGGUAGCCAUGAAGCUGCUGGAGAAGGACACACAUGAGAAGCAGGAUACACUUGCAGCCUUGAGGCUCCAGCUUGACCAAGUGAAGACUCUAAACCUGCAAAUGUUCCACAAAGCCCAGGAUUCGGAACAACAGGCAGAAAAAAAGCAAGCGGAGGCCUUACAGCUUGAGCAGAAGAUGAAUGAAAUGGAGAAAACUAUGAAGGACAUGGAAAGAAGACUACAGAACUCAGAGCAGGAGCGUAAACAGAGCGACCAGUCAGACAAAGACUUGAGGAUGGAGCUGGAAGGAAAAGUGGAUGCUUUGCAUAAACAGCUGACUGACCUGGAUACACUCCGGCUGGGUUUGGAGAAUGAGCUGCGCAUUGAGAGGGAACAGAGGCAGAGUUUGCAGAAAGCUCUGCAAAGGGAGCAGGACAACAGCACUGAGCUCCGCACACAGCUGCAACAACUGCAGGGCCUACACACGGAGCUGCAGGAUUUAAAGCAAGAGAAGCAGCAGCUCCAGCAGAAGUGUGAACAGCAGGAACAGGCUCUGCAGGAGAUGGGGCUGCAUCUCAGCCAGUCUAAACUCAAGAUGGAGGAUUUCAAGGAGGUCAACAAAGCACUCAAGGGCCACGCCUGGCUGAAGGACGACGAGGCCACUCAGUGCAAGCAAUGCCAGAAGGAGUUCUCCAUCUCACGCAGAAAGCAUCAUUGUAGGAACUGUGGAGACAUUUACUGUAACAGCUGCUCCAGUAAUGAGCUGGCUUUACCCUCCUACCCCCGGCCGGUGCGGGUCUGCGACAUGUGCCACUCCCUUCUGCUGCAGAGAAGCUCCACAAAUUCCUGACAAAACACCACCGGAGCUGAAAUGUCUCUAUAUGAACUUUCUCACACUGCACAUACUCUUCCACUAUGAUUUUUAACAUUUGUGUUUAAAGAAAACUUCCAUCAGUGCUCAAGGAAAUGCAAUUUCUGCUGUUACCUGAAAUUCAGGAACAUUAAUUCACAUGUAUUAAAUAAGGGGCUGCCAUAACACCAAUGAGAUGAGCCAAUAUACUUUAUACAGACUGUGUUAAAUAGACUUGACUUUGCUUAUUGGUUGAAAUGGUUUUGGAUAUUUGUAAUCAGUGUUUAGUUGCAAUUAUAUGGAACAAAUCUGGAGUAACAUCAGUUUAACCUUUUUAAAACAUGUCUCGGUACUGUUGAAUCAUGUCAUCGGUCUCAUCUGUAUCCACCUGUUUUCACAGCGAAGGCCCCACUGCUGGAUCCAUGCAAAUUUCUGUAAAUGAUUGUAGAAUGUUUAAAAAAAGACUAUUUUAGAAUGUAUAACAAGUUUUGUGGAUUGUUUCAACAGCUACAAAACAUUUUCCCAUGUAAUUUGGAUGUGGAGACCAACAGUUUUUUAAAAUCUUGACAUUUGAUAAAUAAAAGUGUUUUAAAAUGCUUGUUUCAAUUAGAUAUUCCAGACUAGUUUAUUCACUUUGUGCACAGGAAAUACAAAUAGCAUUUGAAGCAGUAGAAACCUUCAUGUCAGCAGAUUUGAAAUUCGCCUGCUCUUGAUAUAGCCCUCAUCUAGAAAAACUGCCCUGUCCACAAUCACACCUUAAAACAAAAACAUGCUCGGACCACAUUGAACCUCAAAUUUAGAAUCAUUUUUCAAUUGGGGAAAAAAAAAAAAGAGACAUGUAUAAGAUGAAACGAAGUCUACACGUCAGAGGAUAGACAUUUUCAGUUUGUUCAUGCACUCAACACUCAUGUUAAAGCCAACAUUACAAAAUGAGUUAACCUCGAGGAACAGUGAGGUGUUUGGAGAACACAAAAAACAUGUAAAACUUCCUAGUAAUGACAAUUUAAAGCAUGGUUUCUGUAAUGUGACAAAACUGUGAGGAAUGAGGAAGACAGACAGCACUUCUCUCUUGACAGUUUUGUGAUAGAUGACCAUUUUCUUUCUUAAGAUCAUCUGAAUAAUAAUAAAAAAAAAAAUACAAACCCUACCCCUCAGUAUUUAACACAACCUCACCUGACCCUACCCUUUGCUUGUUUACUUGGUGAGACAUACAUUUCCAGUCCUUUCAGCAAAAUGCUGAGAU